CUCACUGCAGCAGCAGAGACCGGCAACCAAGGCUUAAAAAACAGGGGGAAGGAGGGAGAAAUUAAAAAAGAAAACAUGACAACAAUAACAAGGGAUUAGUUUAUGGCAUCAGCUGAGCCAUCAGGACUUCAUUAAAAAAACUCCCACCACACACAGCUGUUUCUAGGGGGAAUGGGGAGAGAUGGAGCAUUUCAGAUAACUCGCUGAAAGAGCCCGAUUGAAAAACAGCUCAUGAAAGGAGGAUGUCUGAUCUGCCUGCACUGUCGAAUUUGGAAGUGCUUGUGGAUGUGAUGGAGUCUUCUUACUAAUAUCGUGGGUUCACAAACCAAUACUUUCUGACACAGCACCAAGGACCUAAGAGUAAAGAUUACUGGCGUCUCCUGUGCCCAUAUCCAUUUGAAUGUGAGGACCGAUGAGCAACGCAGCUAGACUCUUCGUUUGACCUUAACAUGGGGGACACUGCAGAAUACCAGCGUCUGCCCAGCGAUUGCGAUGAGGAUGAGAAGCUGGGCAGUAGCAUGCAGUGUGAGGAGGGCACUGAGUGGCUGCUGGAGCUGCUAAUGGAAGUGCAGUUGCAGCAGUACUUCCUGCGCAUCCGUGAUGAGCUCAACGUAACACGCCUUUCACACUUUGACUAUGUGAAGAAUGAAGACCUGGAGAAGAUCGGUAUGGGCCGACCAGGGCAAAGACGCCUGUGGGAGGCGGUGAAGAGAAGAAAAACCAUGUGUAAGCGCAAGUCUUGGAUGAGUAAGGUGUUCAGUGGCAAACGACCAGAUGGAGACUUCAAUCCCCAGCCGGCCACUACGUUCCGGAAACUCUCUCCACCGCCUCCAAUGGAUAGCCAGCAACAGGCCCUCACCUGCCUGAUCAGUGAAAAGGACCUGGCGCUCUUUGAGAAAUUAGGGGACGGCUCCUUCGGUGUGGUUAAACGUGGAGAGUGGUUUACGCCAACUGGGAAAGUGCUUAACGUGGCAGUGAAGUGUCUGAAGACGGACGUGCUCAACCAGCCAGAUGCUCUAGACGACUUCAUCUGUGAGGUCAAUGCCAUGCACUCUCUCGAUCACCAGAACCUCAUCCGUCUAUACGGAGUCGUCCUUACACACCCUAUGAAGAUGGUGACUGAGCUUGCACCUCUAGGCUCCAUGCUGGAUCGUUUACGAAAGACCUUGGGCCAUUUCCUCAUUUCCACUCUGUGUCAGUACGCCAUCCAGAUUUCUAAUGGAAUGGGUUACCUAGAAUCCAAACGCUUCAUACACCGGGACCUUGCUGCCAGAAACAUUCUGCUGGCCUCCAAUGAGCUAGUCAAAAUUGGAGACUUUGGGCUGAUGAGGGCACUGCCUAAGAACGAUGACCAUUAUGUCAUGCAAGAGCAUCGCAAAGUCCCUUUCGCCUGGUGUGCCCCUGAGAGUCUGAAGACACGCACGUUUUCUCAUGCCACAGACACGUGGAUGUUUGGUGUGACUUUGUGGGAGAUGUUUACCUAUGGUCAAGAGCCUUGGCUAGGCCUCAAUGGUAGUCAGAUACUCCAUAAAAUUGAUAAGGAGGGCGAACGGCUGCCUAAACCGGAGGACUGUCCUCAGGACAUCUUUAAUGUCAUGAUGCAGUGUUGGGCUCAGAAACCAGAUGACAGGCCCACCUUUUUGGCACUAAGGGAAUUCCUGAUAGAGACAAUGCCUACAGACAUGAGGGCCCUACAAGACUUUGAUGAGCCUGACAAGCUUCAAAUCAAUAUGAAUGAUGUUAUUACCAUUAUAGAGGGCAGGGCAGAAAACUAUUGGUGGAGAGGUCAAAACAAGCGCACCCUAAAGGUUGGUCAGUUUCCCAGGAACACUGUGACAUCAGUAGCAGGUCUCUCUGCUCAUGACAUAAGCCGUCCAUUAAAGAACAGCUUUAUCCACACGGGCCAUGGAGACACUAACCCGCACCGCUGCUGGGGCUUUCCUGACAAGAUUGAUGAUCUUUAUCUUGGCAACCCUAUGGAUCCUCCAGAUGUGCUGGGACUGGAUCUAAACUCUGCCAGACCAACUCAACUUACUGGACGUGCUAAAAAGGAACCUCCCCCUCGGCCCCCUCAGCCGUCUUUGCUGGUUAAGAAACCCUGCUAUGAUGCUGUUACUGAUGACGAGGACCAAACUUCCUCAGGCCUUCUGCGACUCUCCUUGAAGAAAAAGGGCUUAAAGCUCAAACCAGCCGCCUGGGUUUCUGCUACCAAGUCAGGUGAUCGUUCCAUCUAUGGUGUGCGGACACCAGGGGGCAGCACUCCUACAGAGGUGUCUCUUAUAGACUUUGGAGAAGAGUUCCCAUCGGCCACACCUUCUCCCUCACCUGUAUUGGAGGUCCAAAUCCCCACCCUUGCAAAACUGGCUCUUGAGGGUCAGAAUAUCUUAGACAGAACUCCUCCUCAGAGCCCCUCACGCUUUUUACCCCGCCCCCUUCACCCUACCCCAGUGGUGGACUGGGAUGCCCGGCCGCUCCCUCCACCCCCAGCAUAUGACGAUGUAGCACAAGACGAGGAUGACAUUGAAGUAAGCUCCAUUAACAGUGCGGAUCGAGGACCUGAUGAACUAUACUCUCCUCAAACACCUUGCACUCCCACUGGAGAGGGCAAGCCUCAUAUAGAAGACAAUUUAUUUUUGCCCUGCAGACAGAGCCAUGGCUGUACCUACUCACAAUCUACUGAGAUUUUCCAAGAGCUGCAACAAGAGUGUAUGAAGCAUCUCAAUGUACCCGUGAGCUCUACCAGCCCCGGUCUGGAGACACACCGCCAGAUUAUCCUUACUCUUUCUGAAGAUAAACCCCAGAUACCACCACGCAUACCCAUCCCACCCCGUCCAGUCAAGCGCACAGGGGGAGAGUAUGUGCGCUGGUCUGGUGAGCUCUCACCGGUCCCUGGUAAUGAGGAGGACAAGGCACGUCCACCUCAGAUACCCCCACGAGACCCAUUCUCACAGCCAAGCUCACGCACACCAAGUCCACACGUUGGCUCCCCACAGACCCGCGGCAGCCUCUGCUCUUCUGCUUCUAUUUAUGGCCCAUCCUACCUCUCCACAUCACCUGCUAAACUCAUGCCAACCACUCAAAGCUUUGCCUCGGAUCCCAAGUAUGCUGCUCCUAAAGUCAUCCAGGCACAGGGCAAAGACAAGGAGCCAAGCAAAGGGCCCUGCAUUCUGCCUAUCGUACGUGAUGGUAAGAAAGUCAGCAACACGCACUACUACCUCCUGCCUGAGAGGCCUCCAUAUCUUGAUCGCUAUGAUAAGUUCUUUAGAGAGGCAGAAGGUGGCGAGGAAAAGAAGCAGAUAAACACAGCCACUGUCAAGCCAAUGGUUCAUCAACAUGGGGAGCUGAGGUCCAAUUUCUCCACCAAUAACAACGGCACUUUGACAGUUUCUGGAAGUCGAGGGGGAUUGAAGAACUCCCUCAGUCUGUCCAGAGUAAGCACUGAUGGCUCAUUAAACAGGGCGGACAGUGCCAGCACCCAUGACAAACUAUUGCUGGUACAAGAGGCCGUCCAUGGAGUAACAGUUGAAGAAUGUCAGACAGCUUUACAGAACCACAGCUGGAAUGUGCAGAAGGCUAUACACUACCUAAAGGUGGAGCAGCUUUUCUGUCUGGGAAUGAAGACAAGGGUGGAGUGCCAUAAGAUCUUAGAAAUGUAUGACUGGAACCUGGAGUUAGCCAGCACUCAACUAUUGGACUCAUGUGGCUCAAUAAAAUUGAGGCGAUAACACAUUGGAAAAGCCUCAUGUCUGAAAAAAACUUUUGUUAAGAGCACAUGUUGGCAGAGGGCCAACCAGAACUCUCUUCUAGCACAUUUUACCUCCAAUCCAGCACCAGAUCUGACUUUGUGUGUCUGUAUACAUAAUAUCAUCUGGUGCCUGGCCAGAAACCCUUUUCUGUAGGGUGCAAUACCGAGAUCACAGGUCAACGUUUAAAGAACCUGCUCUUUUGUUCCAGUUAAUAACAACAGAUGAAAAGGUGCUGCUUGUCAUUUUUCUGAUUUUUAUUUUCAUAUAAAGUAUUGUAUAAGUAGGACAGGUGAAGAAACAUAAAUGUGGAAAGUCUACAUUUAUAUAGUGUCAGAUGUUUUGGUUAUACAUUUGCAUCUGAUACUUUUAAGUUGUUGGUCCUCGUCGGAUAUUUGUCGUUUAAUUUGUUUUGUUGAUGUUUUUUUAUUUUGUGUGGGUCAUUUACAACAAUGAAAGAGUACAAGCUCCCAGCUUAAGUUAAAAUGUUGCAUGUAUGUUUUGUUCAACAGGCAUUUGUUAAAACUUUUAAUGUUGAACAAUCAUUACAGUAGAUGUUUGACACACUGCUUUCCCUUCACAAGUUUGCCUAAUGUAUCACUAUAAAUUACUCACUUUUAGUGAAACUUAUUUUUACCCACAACAACAGCUACGGUAAUAUUGUUUUUGAUUUGCACAAUGCUGCUUCCGGUAUGAAAGUAUUGAUGAAAGAACGCACCAGAAAACCUCUAAAGCACAAAGAAGUGACUGAAACCUGUCUUGUUGCUUUUGUCUUAUUGUAAUUUAGGCAGUUACCUGCUUUGUUUUUGUUUUUAUUAGAACUGUUAACAUUUUAUAAGAACAUUUUAUUAGAUCUAUCACAUCAUCCAGUCUGAAAUAGUAAAUCACUUGUACAGUUUAAGCUACACUUCAUUCCAAACUCAAUCUGUUUCUGUGAAAAUGUUGAUCAAGUUUCUUGGUGAGGUGUUUUGACCCUACCUGUCUGAAAAAUGAAUCAACUUGAAAAUGACCAACAGAUAACAAAAUUAAAGUUUUUUUCCACAUAAAACAGAUUGACAUGAUUUACAAUGUUGUAAAUGGUUAGUAUAGGAUCACGUACGGUAUAGAUUGCAUGAUGUUAUCCAUGUUGUGCUGUCCUCUAUCCUGCCAAUCUUGGAAUGGGGUUUAUCGUAUUUGUUACCCUGGCAACCUCUGUGUUCAGUUUAAUAGGACACCAUUUCCCCUUGAGGAUACAUCCUGCAUCCUUCUGCUUCUGUGAUCAUCUGAAGAUUCAGUUAACACUUUAAGCAAGCCCUAGUCUUACCUUAUGCUGUUAUAGGUUCAGUAAGAUUGCAUUAGGCUUGUUGAGUUCUUGUUCAUGUGUUGUAAUUGUUUUUCUGGUCUAGUCUACCUAUGUGCUCAAAUGAGUUCGCUUUGUGAAUUAGAACCGUUGUGUCCUAAUUGUGUAAGAUGCAUAAUGAUGCAAAGUUUAAAAAGUGUAUAAUAUAAAUAUAUAUAUAAAUGUAUUUUUUAUUAAAAAUGACUAUUUUUUAUCUUUUCUA